AUGGGCGUGCGUGGGGACAUGGAGCUACCCAAGCGCGCUCGGCAACGCAGCAACCGGAUGCAAAUCGCGCUCGGCGCUAUCGUCGUGAGCAGUCUAUGCGCCUGCGCCGUCGUCUGCUUCCUCUUAUCCUCGAGUGCCCAAGCCCUGGACCGAACCGGUGCCAGCGACCUCUUUGAGCAAGGUGCGAUCGCGUCGCGCAUGUGCCCGCGUGAGACAGUCGUCUUCGUCUUCUCCAGCGGCUGCCUCUACGCCGUAUGGGCCAUUGUCGUUCUUUUGGCGCAGAUAACGCGGCGCGGCUUGCCACUUCUUGUCGUUGUCGCGCUGCUUAGUGUCGGCUGCGUCGUCUGGGGCGUCCUUGGCGCCAUCUGGACCUCGCGCAAGGGAUGCCCCGAGACCGAGCCGCUGCUGUUUACCAUGGCCUUGGCGACGUCCGCCUUCUUUAUCUUCAUCGGGCUGCCCGUCAGCGGGCUCCUCGUGUCGUACUCGCUACGCACACUGGUGCCCUCCCACCACCGCGAGCAAUGGCUACUGAGCUGCCUUCGCUGCUCGUGCAUCUCGUCCUUUGUCAAGCGCGGCUGCGUCGUCCUCCCCUUUGUCGCGCUCACCGCCACCAGCGUCGCGCUCCUCGUCGCGUACGGCGACGCGCCGUGCUCCAAGCCAUUUGCGCUCUACGUCGGCGUUUCGUGUGCGCUCUUUGGGACGCUGACGCUGCUUCUCUGCUCGUGCUACUUUGUCUCGCGCAAACAGCACGCAUCGUCGUCGCAGCGCGUCGUGGUUUGCUGCCUCCUCCUCUUGUCCACUGCGGCGCUAGGCUGGGCCAUCUUUGGCUCGACGCUCGUGUCGCACCCCGUCCUUGGGUGCUCGGCCGACCUCUUCCACGCCGUGCAGCUGCUGCGUAUCUUUCUCUUCGUCGUGAGCAUCACGCUUGGCGCGCUCACGCUGUGCUGCCAAGUGGAGCGCUUUUGCCAGUCGUCCGAACCCGUUGCGGACGAACCCGCCUUGGCAAUAGCACAGACGACGCACGUUAUUCGCGGUCUGCGCGGCGUCGCACCGCCGGUCGUGAAGCGCGGUGCGAAUCUCACAGGCGGCAACGUCCCCGCCUCGCUCAAGCAGGCGCAGGCGGCCAUCUACGACGGCGACUGGCAAAAGGACUUGAGUGAGUGCCCAAAGGACUCGCCGUAUUUCAAGGACAUAGUCCGCCCUAGUGACUUCCAUGCGCGCGACAACUACUUCCUUCCCGGCGGCGUCUUCCUCGUCAACCCAGGCCACGAGAAGGACAACGGCCUCCUCAUCGUGCUCGGUGAUUCGCACUCGGACAUGACCAAGCCGCGCCUCGCCCAGCUCUACGAAGACGCCAAGGCUGCUGGGACCGAGUCGACGUUUCCCACGAUCGCGAUCAACAGCUGGUCUGGGCGUCCGCUCAUGCCGUGCCGCGCCGAGUACUACGCCAACUUGGCCAUGAUCAAGUCGGUCAAGCCCCAAGCGAUCCUCCUCGUCCAGCACUACUACUAUUACGUGCAUCCGACCGGUCCAGACUCGCUCCCGUACGAGGCGCCGCCCCGGUGCUGCUACGACGAGAAACGUCAGUGCCCUGAGCAGUCGGUCCACGACACCAACGCCAUGUGGUCGAUCAUGGAGAAGGACCUCAAGGAGCUCACCGACAUGGGCAUCAAGGUGUUUGUCGUCGACCAGAGUCCCGAGUACGAAGCCAUGAACCCGUCGUCGUGGAUCUCGGGCGACACGGUGACGAUGCCCAAGCCCAUGUACAAGUCCGAGUUCAACCGCGAGUAUAAGUGGCUCCUCGACCCGCUGCAUGCGAUGGUCAAGAACGCCGGCGCGACGCUCAUCGACUACGCCGACAACUACUCGCUCGGCGACGAAAUCAUGAUUACCGACGCCCAAGGGUACCCGGUCAUGUGCUACGGUAUGCACCUCAACACGCACUUUGCCCGCAGCUACCUCACGGUGAUCGACCAAGUCGUCGACGCCGCGCGCCUCCAAAAGUAAUCCGAGCUUGCGCUUGAAUCGCGACCAAUUUAGAACCAUGUAUGUGUACCUUCCUC